AUAAAAUGAUCCUCUGAGCGGAGAGGAUCGAGGAAGAAAUGCUUGCGCGGGAUUUCUUUUAAUUUCCAUAAUUUUUGUUGAAGAUCUCUUCCUCUCUGCCCCUCCUGCUCUGCUCCUCCCACAAGCAAUGCUUGCAGCGGCGAAUACCUCCGGCUCUGGCGGGUUUAUCUUUCCUCUUAUCGUUCUCUUCUGCCUUGCAUCCGCUUUUCGAUGUUCACUUGUCGCCGGCCAAGAUAGUCAAGAAGUUGAGGCAGCAAAAUUAGUGAAGCGAGCAUCUGAAAGAAUAAAACUAAAACAUUAUAGUGAAGCAUUAGAACUUCUUAAUGUUGCGAUUGAGGCACAUUCCGGACUUUCAGAUGCUUACCUGCAGCGAGCUUUUGUUCUUCAUCACCUUUGCAGAUUUGAGGAAUCUGAAAAUAACUACAGAAAGGCUUUGGAGCUUAACCCCAGAGCUUCAGUAGAGAAAGAGCUUUCUCAACUGUCACAAGCCAAACAUGCACUGGACUCUGCACAGAAUCUCUUCGAGUCUGGUGACUUUUCAAAAGCUUUGGAGUAUAUUGACAAAGUUGUCCUUAUUUUCUCUCCUGAUUGCCUGAAGGCGAAGCUUCUUAAAGUUAAGUUGCUUUUGGCUCUGAAGGACUACUCAAACGCUAUCUCAGAAACUGGUUAUCUACUUAAAGAAGAUGAGAACGAUCUCGAUGCAUUGUUACUACGUGGCCGUGCAUACUAUUAUCUGGCUGAUCAUGACAUUGCUUCAAGGCAUUACCAGAAGGGACUUCGUCUUGACCCGGAGCACAGCGAACUAAAGAAAGCUUAUUUUGGAUUGAAAAAUUUGCUUAAGAAGACAAAAUUAGCAGAAGAUAAUGCUGAGAAGGGAAAAUUACGUGCUGCCGUGGAAGAUUUCAAGUCAGCCAUUGCAUUGGACCCUAUUCAUACUGCACAUAAUGUAAACCUUUACCUUGGUUUAUGCAAGGUAUUGGUUAAGCUUGGGAGAGGAAAGGAUGCGGUAAAUAGUUGCACAGAAGCCCUGAACAUUGAUGAAGAGCUUGCGGAAGCCUUGGCUCAGCGUGGUGAAGCCAAACUCAUAUUAGAAGAUUGGGAAGGGGCUGUGGAGGAUUUGCAAGCAGCUGCUAAAAAAUCUCCAGAGGACAUGAAUAUCAGAGAAGCACUUCAUAGAGCUGAAAAGGCUUUGAAGUUGAGUAAACGCAAGGACUGGUACAAGAUACUUGGAGUAUCAAAAACUGCUUCUAUUGCAGAAAUCAAACGUGCCUACAAAAAGCUUGCCUUGCAAUGGCAUCCAGAUAAGAACGUUGAAAACAGAGAGGAAGCGGAGACUAAAUUUCGUGAAAUAGCUGCUGCAUACGAGGUUCUUGGUGAUGAUGAGAAGCGUGUGAGAUAUGACAGAGGAGAAGACUUAGAAAACAUGGGAAUGGACAUGGGAGGUGCUGGUUUUAAUCCGUUUGGCGGCGGCGGUGGCGGCGGACAGCAGUUCACUUUCCAGUUUGAAGGUGGAUUUCCAGGAGGAGGUUUUCCUGGAGGAUUUGGAUUCAAUUUUUGACUUAUUUAUAUAUAUUUAUAUUUAAUUUGAAAUUAUUAUUAUUAUUUUUUUUUAUAAAUGAAGUUUGCUGCUUCUGAAUACAAGCAGCUGAGAGCUCUUGUAGGAGUAGAUGGGAAUAGGUGAGAAUGGAGGGAAGGGAUAGUAGAAAAUGGAUUGAUUGGGUUCUGAUUAUGUUAACAAAUUCUUGAACCCAAACAACAGAUAGGGCUUUUUCUUCUUGAAGAAAUUUAAGGUCUUUUUUUUUUCCCCUUACAUACAUGGCAACCAAAGCAUUGCUAUGUAGACUUCAGCUAGGUUUAUGGCAUGAAAAGCAUUGUCUUAUCGGUCGUUUUCUUAAUUAGCUGUCAUCCUAGGAUUUUGUCUUAUCUCUAUCACAUCCAUAUUUCUGUAUCACAUUAGUUUUUCUAUAUGAAAUAUAAUGCCCAAAUAAUAUAACGCAUGGAUAAUUUAAUCGCAGGUCUAUC